GAAUGCGCGUGCGCGAGCGGCGGGGCUCUUUCCCCGAGCCGUCGGCGGGAGCGGGAGCGCUUCUCCCGAGUGCUGAAUUUCUUCACCUGCCAUCAGUACGAAGAAAAUGCUGUGUCUACAGGGCUGGAGCCAAGAAAAUUCUGGUAGUUGGUGAUCGAUUGGUUGUGAUCCACCAUGCAGAAGUGAGCGAUGAAAGGCAACAGAGCUGAUGGAUCAUGAGGAUGUAAGUGCAUUUGAAGGCUCUCACACCCUCUACUCCAGGACAGAAUCAUGAAUAAACUGGAGGACAAGCAGGACCAGAUGAUACCAUGAAGAGAAGUUUACAGGCCCUCUAUUGCCAACUGUUAAGCUUCCUCCUGACCUUGGCGCUGACUGAAGCACUGGUAUUUGCUGCCCAGGAACCAUCUCCCAGGGAAUCUCUUCAAGUCUCCCCCUCAGGCACCAUCCCAGGCACCAUGGUGACAGCAUCCCUCAGUUCUACCAGACACUCCUCCGUGGUGGCCACCCCUGCCUCCGUGGUGACACCGACCCCUCAUCCUGAUGGACCCUCCUCACAGGCCACAGCUCCCAUGGCAACGACAGCACCCCAUCUAGAUGGACACCCUCCCACAAACACCAUCUCCACCAUCAUGGUGACGGCAUCCACCCCCCAUUCUGAAGGCUCCCUGUCCACAGGGCCACUUCCUGCUGCCGUGGCAACCACAUCCUCCCAUUCAGAGGGCCGCUCCCUGGGCGAGACUGCGCCCACCAUCCUGCUGACAAAGCCAGGGGAAGCCACCAGCCGUCCCCCCACAGCCCCCUCCAGAGCUACCACACGCAGGCCCCCCAGGCCCCCUGGCUCUUCCCGAAAGGGAGCCGGCAGUUCACCACGCCCUAUCCCCGCUGCACCCAGUGGUCAUGCCGGGAGGAAGGACGGCCAACGGGGAAGAAACCAGAGCUCCACACAUCUGGGGCAGAAGCGGCCGCUGGGGAAAAUCUUUCAGAUUUACAAAGGCAACUUCACAGGGUCUGUGGAGCCUGACCCCUCCAUCUUCACCCCCAGGAACCCGCUUUGGGGUUACUCCUCCUCUCCACAGCCCCAGACAGUGGCCGCAACCUCAGCGCCCAGCAGGACCUCGUGGGUACCACCCACCACCCCCCUAGUGCCUGUGGAGGACAAGCCCAGCCUUAGCAGGGCAGACCAGGGGGGUGGUUCCACCUUCACCAGCCAAGGAGGGGAGCCAGAUGCCACAGCAGCCUCAGGCACCCCUGCCAGUCAACAGCGUGCUCCAGUGCCUUCUCAGCGCCCCCAUGGUGACCCGCAGGACGGCUCCAGCCACAGUGACUCCUGGCUUACUGUCACCCCCGGCACCAGCAGACCUCCAUCUACCAACUCUGGGGUCUUCGCAGCCACCACGGGGCCCAUCCAGGCUGCCUUUGAUGCCAGUGUCUCAGUCCCUUCCGAGGGGCUUCCUCAGGGAACAUCCUCAGCCCCGCAGGCCCCAGCCCACCCAACAGGGGCUUCAGAAAGCACUGUUUCCCAAGCCGAGGAGAAAGCUGUGGCCACCCCCACACCCACCAUGAUGGGCAGGGUGCCCAGUCCCCUCUCCACAGUGGUGUCCACAGCCACAGGAAACUUCCUCAACCGUUUGGUCCCCGCCGGGACCUGGAAGCCUGGAACAGCGGGGAACAUUUCUCACGUGGCCGAAGGGGACAAACCCCAGCACAGAGCCACCAUCUGCCUGAGCAAGAUGGACAUCGCCUGGGUGAUCCUCGCCAUCAGCGUGCCCAUCUCCUCCUGCUCCACGUGACACCAACACCCUGCAAGGUGAGAGCUGGUGCUUCCAAACCGACAGCCUCCAAGUAGCAGAGCCCUUGGAGCCUUCCUCCCCACCUCUCUUCCAUCACCCUUACUGCUGCUCUCUUCUCCUCCUCCUGUCUUCCCUCAAGAAAGAAGAAAAGAUGAAGUUUUUAUUUUGUAGGAAGUUCUAGUAGCCUUGACAAAAACAGUACUUAUAACUAAAUUGAGGCUUACAAGUUACAUGUGAAUUUAGCUAUUUUGUGGCUCCUCCCCAUUUUGCUUGUCCAUGAGUGGUGUGAAGUGGUGCUUUGUGGACCUUGUCAUUGCCUUUGCUCCCACUGGGUACAUGGAGAAGGGCUCCCCUAGACCACAACAAUAGCGGGCCACCAGCGCCCCCUUGCUGCCACCAUCACUCCCACCAUCACUCCUGUAUUGAAAACUCUAGGGGCUUCUUCCUCCCUGAAAAAAGUGUAGUGAAGGUGUUAGUUGCUCAUUCGUGUCUGACUCUUUGCAACCUCCUGGACUGUAGCUCACCAGGCUCCUCUGUCCAAGGAAUUCUCCAGAAAGAAUACUGGAGUGGGUAGCCAUUUCCUUUCUCCAGGGAUCUUCCCAACCCAGGAUUGAACCCAGGUCUCCUGCACUGCAGGCAGAUUCUUUACUGGCUGAGCCACUGGGGAAGCCCUCUUCCUCCCUGACAUCUCCACAAAGAACCUGAUGCAAUCACUCGGGACCCAGGGCUGCCUUCAUGUCUCCCCCAUGCACCUGAUCUCAAGUCUUAAGAGUUCUUCUGAUGGCCUCACAGGAAUCCUUACUGUGCCUGCCCUCCCCCCAGCCCCACCACACACACAGACAUCAUCCAGGUGCCCCCUCAGUCUUUGCAGGGGUGAGAAACCCCUGGGCUCCCCACUUAGCCCCUUUCUCCUGUGGCUGUUUACAGCUCUCCUGGGGGCAUUGUAAUUUCCCCGUUGUAAGUUACACUCUUUGGUUCUAACCUCUGCCCUCUGAAACCUCACAAAACAAGUCCAUCCACCAACCCCUGAGAUACAGGAAACCACUCUCAAGGGCAAGCUUUUCUUUUCCAAGCUGUCAUCCCUGUCCCUUUGAGUCUCUUCACAGGGCCACCUGGCCCUGGUCCUGCCCCUAUCUACCCCUCCAAUGGCCUCAGUUCAUGCCUGCCCCAGAAGAAGCACCACAUUACCUGUGCCCGGCCGAGGCAGAGAAGCGUGCGUGGCAGUUCCUCAGUUCGGACACUUUAGUCACAUUCAGGCAACCUGCUCUGGCAUCAGGUCCUCACGUCACACCAUGGGCUCAGCCUGAUCUCAAGGGGAAUGAAGCCCCAGAAACUUUUUCAGAGGAGGCUAUGCGGCCAGGUCUCCCAGCCUGUCUUCAUGUUAUGGGUCAAUCGAACAUCAGCACAGGAGGUGUGUGCCUUUAACAUGAACCUGAUGUCUGCUUGGCAUUGUAUUCUGACAAAAUCCUUUUUAAUCUGAGUCUGGAUUCCUUCCAGGAUCUGCCUCUCCCAGCUCUCUGUCUGCUUCUAGUUGAUAAGCAAAGCAAACUUUCCGUGUUGAGGAAAGUCCAGUCUGCUCAAGGACCCAGUGCGGAAAAAGUGAAAAUGUUUACAGGUUGCAUAUUUCAUUCUUUCCUUAAGCAGAUUUAUUGUCACUCAUGGGUGCACACAGAUAUUCUUAAAGCUGUGAUUGCUCACUUCUAAAACAGAAGAAUGAUAAUGAGAAAA